CAGACUUUUAACAGAUAAAACUGAAUAAAGUACACACUCUCAUGUUCUAUUCUGGUGGCAAUGGCUUUUCCAAUUCUCAACGUUUCCUUGUCCUCCUUCAAAAUCCCACUCUCACUCUCGCAUAAUUCUUGCACUACUCUCUCGAGCUAUCCUGCGCCUCAGGUACAGUUAGUUAAGAAGGUUCUAGAAGUACAAGGUUGUCGGAGAAACCCAAUUGUGUGUUUGGGUGAAUCGGUCUCUAAGGCAAGCCUACUCGCUCUAGUUUCCGCUUCUCUUUUAUUUGCCGAUCCGGCACUCGCUUUCAAGGGUGGAGGUCCGUACGGGCAAGAGGUGACGAGAGGCCAGGAUUUGACUGGGAAGGACUUUAGCGGGAAGACAUUGAUCAAGCAAGACUUCAAGACGUCUAUAUUGAGGCAAACGAAUUUUAAAGGUGCAAAGUUACUUGGUGCAAGCUUCUUUGAUGCUGAUUUAACAGGGGCUGAUCUUUCAGACACUGAUCUCAGAGGUGUAGACUUUUCAUUGGCAAAUGUUACAAAGGUAAAUUUGAGCAAUGCUAUCUUGGAAGGUGCACUUGUUACUGGCAACACAUCUUUCAAGGGAUCAAAUAUAACAGGAGCUGACUUCACAGACGUGCCCUUAAGAGAUGAUCAACGAGAAUACCUUUGCAAAGUUGCAGAUGGGGUGAAUCCUACAACUGGAAACCCAACACGUGACACACUGCUUUGCAAAUAGAAUUUUAUUGCUCCAGUAAACAUUAUAUUUUAACAGAGGGGAGCGGCUUUGCUGCAUCUGUAAUAAGAGCUGCAGCUUUCAUUUGAGUUGAGUUUGACAUCUUCUGAUUAUUGUAGCUAUUGUAUAAUAUGUUGUCAAUAAUAGCAUUAUCCAGCCCCUUCAUUUAUUUUAAUGGCAAACGUGUGACAUACAUUAUAAAUGAAUGUCUA